AUGAUCAACCUGUUCGAUUUGGGCGCUGGAGCCAGCGCCAGGGUCGCCGCCAGAGAUGGUUCUCCCGUCAGAGGAACCCAGUCGGACCGGAAGGAGUACGCUGAUUUCAAGACAGUGAGUAGCAACAUGAAGAGGAGCUCGUCGGAUAGAUUGGGUGGCAGUGGCACGCCCAUGAAGAUGCUGAUAGCGCAGGAGAUGGCAAAGGAGGGGGACACAAACCAGAAGACCACUAAUGUGAUAGCAAGGCUGAUGGGUCUUGAUGACGGUGUGGCCCUUCCCAAGCCUGCUCAGCCUUCCAGCAGGAGGAGAUCUUCGGAAGGCCACUUAUCGACCACAAUGGCAAGGGUUAACAGCCAGAUGUCAUUCCACAAGCACGCGAGCUCUGCUGAAAAUGUGGAAUAUAAGGAUGUCUAUGAAGUGGGGUACCAGCCCCAGAGGAGUGAGCAUUUGAGCAGCGAUUCUUCACGAAGAGGGACACCGCAUGAAGAUCAUGACCGGAGAAGGAUGGAUCUUGUCCGGCAGAAGUUUGUCGAAGCGAAGCAGCUAGCGUCACAUGAGAAUCUUCUCCAGUCCAAGGAGUUCCAUGAUGCUCUCGAGACUCUGAAUUCAAAUAAGGACCUGUUUCUCAAGUUUCUCGAAGAACCCAACUCGCUCUUCGCGAAGCAAUCUGGUGAGUUUCAUUCCGCACCAACGUCGCCCCAGCGGAAGCAAAUAACUGUUUUGAAGCCUGCCAAAUCAGCGGAGGUGAAGAGCGAGAAUGCAAUUCAAAGUCAGCAAAACCAUGCAGUUAAUGGGAGUAGAACAGAGAAAAGAAAUCUCCAUAGGAAGCCCAAUGCUGAUCAUGCUAGAGCAGAAAGGUUUCCAAAGCACACUCGGAUAGUGGUCUUGAAACCUACCUCUGCAAUUACCUCAGUAGAGCAGUUUCAACAAAAUGGUCAUGCUAACUCUGAUGAUUCAAGGCGUUUGAGCGAUGAGAUACACUGGUCAGCACACGGCAUGUGCCACCAGCAUGAUGAAUGUUUGCAGGGUAGCAUACAGUCAAAUCCGGUGGACCAAGAUAGAUCAUACUGUAAUCGUGCUGAAGAAGAAGGCAGUAGCUUUAGUGGCUCGGAGAUUGGAAGUCCAACAUCACGGCAUUCUUGGGAUUACGUCUACCGGUUCAGCAAUCCUUAUUUUGGCUCGUCUUUAAGCCACGCUUCUUGUUCUCCUGAGGCACAUGUAGCAAGGGAUGGUAAGAAACAUACCUCUGAUAGGUGGCCAAGUGCAUCUUGCAAUGAGAUUAACCGAGAAAAGGUGUUGACGCGAAGGAGCUUGAGCACACUCGGUGAAAUGCUUGCCAUGUCUGAUAUGAAGAAAGAAGAGGUUGUCGAUCAGGUGGCUGCGAAUGCCAGCAACCAGGUGUGUGGCAACGAACUAACACUCGAUGUACCAUCUAAUUGUUCUAUUGAUGGCGCGCAAGGAGAAACCUCCAUCAAGAAAAUUUCAAGGUCAAAAUCUGUUCCAGUCUCUUCAUCAGCCUUUGACAGCCUGCGCUUAGAUGCUAGAUCUUCAGAUCCUCAACGUAGAGAACCCACAACACCAAAGGAGGAGGCCAAGCCUAGGAACGGGAAGUCCUCUCUUAAGGGAAAGCUUUCAAGCUUCUUUUCAAUGCGUAAGAAAUCCGGAAAAGAGAAGCUUACAUCAUCUCCCUUGGUGGGCUUGAAUGGAAGAAUUCCUCCGGACAGUAAUGCAGUAGCUGGUGUAUCACUACAAGAUGAUGUUGCUUCGGAAAAUUCAGAAGACAAGCUUCAGUAUGCAACAAUAGUACUUCCAGUCAAGGAGGCAGAGGCACCUUCUACUUCUAAGGCCAUAAUUUCUCUUGAGAAAGCACUCUCAUUUGAGAUUCGAAAUUCCCGCUUUGAUCAGCCCAGUCCUACGUCAGUUCUUGAUGCAUCGUUCGAGUCUCCCAGUUCAUCAGAGAGCGCAAUUACUGCCAAACAAGAACCUUUAUCAAGAUGUCUUCCCAUCGGGUCGGUCGCGCGGACUUUAUCAUGGGAUGAUUCUUCCGAGGAGGCUGUGCUGUGCUCCAGCAGAGAAGAUUGCCAUGAGCAAGAGCAGCAUGAGUUCGUUGAGAAGAUUCUAUCUUCCGCCGGUCUCUGUAACGAGACAACCAGCAACAUCUUCGUCCGGUGGCAUUCACCCGACAACCCUCUGGGUCCAAACGUGCCUGACCAGUUCUUGGAACGCAAGGUGGAGGACGCCAAGUGCAGGGAGAGGCGCUCAAACCAAAGGCUCCUCAUCGAUUCCGUCAACUCUGCUCUGCUGGACAUUGGCCAGAGCAAGCUCUGGGGUGCGUACCCUGGCACCGGAUCAGUUGUUAACGCACAACGAGUUGCUGCCGGUGACGAGCUAGUCGCCGAUGCGGCAUGGAAGUUGGUGAGAGGCUGGCUCUCCGACGAGGAGACGUGCAUGGUCAAUGGGUUGGACAGUGUGGGCGCGGCAGCGGAUUGGGUUGUCGGUAGGGAGAUUGAAGGCAGAGGAUGGUCGGAGACGCUGCGGCUGGAGGUGGAUGAGAUCAGCAAGGAGAUAUGUGGGGAGGUCCUGGGCGAGUUGGUUGAGGAGGCAUUUUCAGAAUUUGCGAGGUGCCAUUGA